AUGCCUCAAUUAAAAAUACAAACAUCAAAGCAGCUUAUAAAAAAGGAUUUUAAAGAGCCUGAGGUAAGAAAUGUGCAUGAAGUAAUCAAUGAUGAGCCCAUAAAAGUUAUUAAUUAAGCGAUAUCAUCUGCUUCAAUUACCACAAAUUGGUCCAAUCAGCAUUAUGAAUCAAGUGAUAGAUCUUUUAUGGACAAAAGGUCAACCUCUCCAUAUUUCUAACAGUCAAAUAGACAUGCAACUAGCAUGAGUCACUCUUUCAGAGAAGUCUAAUAACCUCAAAAAAUGAAAGUUUAACCGUAAUAGUAAAAAUAGCAAAAUAACAACCAAUAUUAUGCUGCUCUUAAGAAACUAGUAAGCAAAUUGGGUGCUAAUACAACUUAAGAAUAAGUAAAUGAUGUUCUGAGAUAGCUUAAUAGCUAUGAAUCUGUCUGCUAAUCGCUAUAUAUUUAGGAUCCAAGCAUGUAAAAUGCUGCUGCUCAUAUCUUUUCAAAGGGACUAAGAGAAUAAUAAUACAGUGAAAAUGUAGUUCACUUCCAAGACCCAAUUAGUGAUAGAUUUAAUGGGGCACUAUAGAAAAAAUUAGUCACUACUAUCAACAAGAGAAAUGACACCAGCUACAAUUUCAUAAAUGGUGUGGAAAAAUAGCCUAAGCCCUAGAAAUUUGCUAAGAAAAUGAUGAGCAACAACUCUUCUCCUAAGAGAACAGUGGUUAAGGUAAUGCUACAGCCUGAUAAGUUUAGAAAAGAAAAUCAACCACCUAAAACUGAAAGCAUCGAAAGGUAUCAAGCAAAGUCUUUACAUUCGAACAGUAUAGCGGAUAUAGUGUUCAAAGAAAACAUGAACUACUAAAAUCUUUAAUACAAUUAGUAAUGUUAGACUUCAAGAAGAAGCCCUUAAAGAUAAUUUAUAGAAGCUAGUGGUAUUUCAUGUCUUCCAGGGAGUUAUCAAAAGAUCAUUAAGGACAUGAAACCAAAAUAAUCCACUAUUGGCACUUAUAAAAGAGUAUUUGAAGGUAAAAACUCAUUGCCUCUUGGAAGUGAUGACCCUUCAGUACCUCAAAAUUAUGCUUGUAACAUAAUGAAGAAGAGUGCUUCAAAUGUUAAAAUAGGUACCAGUAUACAGAACUAUUUCUCUUGCCAAGAACCUUAGAUAAUAAACAAUUCUUCAAAACCUCAAAUGAAUUAAAAUCCUUUCACUUCACAUAGAAUGAGUGUGUAAGUCUUUGAUUAGACAUAGCCACUUCAAUAUAACAAAUAAUGCUAUAGAGAUGUUUCCCCAAAUGUAAUAACUUUCGGUUCUCCUUCAAUUCCUCAGAAUUCAGAAUAUCAAAUUAUUAAAGGUCACAGACCUAAAUCCACGAGCUAAUAACAAAGACACAAUAUAUUCUACAAGUCAAAUGUGUCAUUUUAUUGA